GCGCGCCACCGCCAACGCCGCGCCCCGACGCAGCUAUGGGCAACACUGUGCACAGGACGCUGCCAGACUCGAGCCCGCCCGCGCGCCUCCUGGCCACCCGGCCUUGCUGCGGCCCCGGCCCAGAGCGGCGCCCGGUCCUGGGCGAAGCGCCGCGUUUCCAUGCACAGGCCAAGGGCAAGAACGUGAGGCUGGACGGCCACUCGCGCCGGGCCACGCGGCGCAACAGCUUCUGCAACGGGGUCACGUUCACGCAGCGGCCCAUCCGGCUAUACGAGCAGGUGCGGCUGCGACUGGUGGCCGUGCGCCCGGGCUGGAGCGGGGCGCUGCGCUUCGGCUUCACGGCGCACGACCCGUCGCUCAUGAGCGCCCAGGACAUCCCCAAGUAUGCCUGUCCCGACCUGGUCACGCGGCCCGGCUACUGGGCCAAGGCGCUGCCCGAGAACCUGGCGCUGCGCGACACUGUGCUGGCCUACUGGGCGGACCGCCACGGCCGUGUCUUCUACAGCGUCAACGACGGCGAGCCCGUGCUCUUCCACUGCGGUGUGGCCGUGAGCGGCCCUCUCUGGGCGCUCAUCGACGUCUACGGCAUCACCGACGAGGUGCAGCUCCUCGAGAGCGGGUUCGCUGACACGCUGACGCCCGCGCGCAUCGGCCAGGCCCGCUUCAGCGCCUGCCUGCCGCCCAGCAGCCACGACGCGGCUAACUUCGACAACAACGAGCUCGAGAACAACCAGGUGGUGGCCAAGCUGGGCCACCUGGCGCUGGGCCGCGCCCCGGGCCCGCCGCUCGCCGACCACGCGGCCGCCGCCAUCCCGUGCGGGCCCCGCGACCGCUCGCGGCCCUCGUCGUCGCCGGCGCUGCUAGAAGCCGACCUGCGCUUCCACGCGACGCGCGGGCCCGACGUGAGCCUGUCGCUCGACCGCAAGGUGGCCUGCGCGCCGCGGCCCGACGGCGGUCGCACGCUUGUCUUCUCCGAGCGCCCGCUGCGGCCCGGCGAGAGCCUCUUCGUGGAGGUGGGCCGCCCGGGGCUGGCGGCGCCCGGCGCGCUGGCCUUCGGCAUCACGUCCUGCGACCCGGGCGGGCUCCGGGCCGCCGAGCUGCCCACCGACCCCUACGCGCUGCUCGACCGCAAAGAGUACUGGGUGGUGGCGCGCGCCGGGCCCGUGCCGAGCGGAGGCGACGCGCUCAGCUUCACUCUGCGGCCCGGCGGCGACGUGCUCCUGGGCGUCAACGGGCGCCCGCGCGAUCGCCUGCUGUGCGUCGACACCACGCAGGCGCUCUGGGCCUUCUUCGCCGUGAGCGGCGGCGCCGCAGGCCAGCUGCGUCUCCUCGGCACCCUGCAGUCCAGCCCUGCGACCACAUCCCCAUCAGGAUCCCUCAGCGGCUCCCAGGACGAUAGCGAUUCCGAUAUGGCCUUCAGUGUCAACCAGUCCUCCUCGGCAUCUGAAUCAUCCCUGGUGACGGCCCCCAGCUCCCCACUGAGCCCACCAGUGUCCCCCGUGUUCUCUCCACCAGAGCUGGCGGGCAGCAAGAACAGCGAGUGCGCGGUGUGCUUCGAUGGCGAAGUGGAUACAGUCAUCUACACGUGUGGACACAUGUGCCUGUGCCACGGCUGCGGCCUGCGGCUCAAGAGGCAGGCCCGGGCCUGCUGCCCCAUCUGCCGGCGGCCCAUCAAAGACGUCAUUAAGAUCUACAGGCCGUAGCCUGGCCCGCCGACGGCCCUGACCAGAGCAAGGUCACCUUUCUGAAGCCCACCCCCACCCCGGGCCGGGCAACCACCAUGGCCGCCGGGGAGUCCAAGGGCAGCAGCUGUCUUGCCUGCCGCUCUCCAGUGGUGGGCAAGGCGUGACAGUCGUGGACACGAGGCCCCCGGGGGUCUCAGUCCAAGCGAGGGUUGCUUCUGGCUCGAAAGUGCUUUGCCCCCAAAAGGCCGUCCCAAGAGCAAGCUCAGGAACUGCCUGGCAGACUGCCCUGUCCCCUGGUGACCUCUCAGCUGAGAAAUGGCGUCCUCUGUGCAAUGCCUUUUGCUGGGGUUGGGUUGAGUGUGUGUGAGAGAGGGGGAGGGGAGGGAGGGAGACAGUCCAGAGAGGGCGAGUGUGUGAGAAUGACCUAGAGAGAACGUGUAGGUAUUUAUCCAGGGAUCCUGGCUCUAGGAGGUUAUUUAACACUAAAGAAUGUGCAAUCCGGAGCCCAGACGGUAGCGUGACUAGAAGUUGUUCACUUUACGGGGCUGUGACGUCAGCUGGUUUUGAAUGUACAAAGCCUGCACCUAAACAGAACUCCCUCAGGUGGUAUAGAAAAGGGACACUCAGAUUUUCUAAAGCGAGGAAAAAAUAGCUCAUUGUUUACAGCUCUGAAGCAGCAACUCCUUGGGGAGUAGUUGGGCAGAGAACAUAAGAGAACAAUUUGCUUUUUCAGUUUCUAACUCAGUCUUGGAGAGGAGUUUUGACUGGGUGCUGGGGCUAGAGCUCUGGGCGGUGUCUUCUCCAGAAGCCUUGUCACCCCUUCAGCCCCAGACAACCUAAUUACAAGCAUACCACCCCUUGACUCCAUCCCUAUAUGCUUUUAGUCUGUAGCAUCCUCACCGUCUCCAAGGAGGAGACAAGCAACAGGUUCCCUUUUCCUGAGGGAGGGAAAGAAUCCUAGAUGCCGUGAGCCACCUGGGGUUGGAAAGGGUCACUCCGCAACUCUCCACAUUUUCCUGCUGACAUACCGUGCCUGGCAUUUGCCAGCGGCUGUGGCAUCACCAGGAUGACCUGCUGGCCAAGUAGGGGAAGGAAGCAGGGCUUCGCAACCGGUCUUUGUUCUGAUUGUCAGCUUAUCUCCCCCUGGUGAUUACUAAGACGUUAACUGAUCAUUUGGAUGUUAACUAGGAACUGAGACACUCGCUGAAAAUGCUGACACUGGGACUCUCCCACUCCCCAGGGUUAUUUGCUGGGCAUUUCCUGGGACCCUGACCCUGCCCCAACCCCCUCUCCCCUUCCCCCCUGCUUGGACCCAUCUCUGCAGACUCCCGGACCACACCUGGGCUGAUGGGCUGGCAGGCCUGCAAUUCCCUUCUGGGCCCCACCUCUGCCCUGUCUUGUGCUGUACCUUUAGGGAGGUCCCUGGGCCUCUCUGUUUCUCAGUUCCCGAUCUGUCCAAGAGGAAGCCUGGUACCUGCCCACUCCAGAGCUCUUGGCAGGACUGGCACAUUUUAUUUUAUUUUUUUAUUUUUUAUUAUUUUUUUUUUGUGUGUGUGGUACGCGGGCCUCUCGCUGUUGUGCUCUCUGCCGUUGCGGAGCACAGGCUCCGGACGCGCAGGCUCAGUGGCCAUGGCUCACGGGCCCAGCCACUCUGCGGCAUGUGGGAUCUUCUCAGACCAGGGCACGAACCCGUGUCCCCUGCAUCGGCAGGCGGACUCUCAACCACUGCGCCACCAGGGAAGCCCAGGACUGGCACAUUUUAAAAGGCCCAAGACACCUUGCAAAGAGCAGGUAUUGUUUUUAGUCCAAUUCCUAAUCUGUUCUUCUGUUGAGGGAGGCAGGGAAGGGAGGACAUUCAGAGUUUUUGCAUUCAUGUAACAGGUGUUUGUUGCGUAUCUGGGGUCCCCCUCGUCAGAUCAAGGCCCAUAAGGCCAGUCAGUCCGUGCCCUUAUGAUGCUCCAGGUCUUGGACCAUCUGCUUCUCCUCUGCCUGGUAUUCCGACCCGAUCUCAACUUCAGAAACCCUACUCUUGCCCCUGCAAGGAUCCCUGAUUAGUUCUUUUUCCCUUAUGAACUUGGGAAACACGCCCAGGUUUUAAUUUUGCAGCAGAAUCUUUAGGGGAGUGAAUGGCACCCCAGCAUUUGCCAAGAUAAGAGUUUGCAAACCUAGGCAGCGCUCGGCACCCAGCUGAAUUUGGUCCGCUGGAGCCUUCCAUUUCCCCCACAUGCUGGGUGUGGGCAAGGCCACGCACAGGCCCCAUGUGAGAGGGCUAGUUACCCACAGGACCGUGGUUCUCCAGGCAGCAGCUCCCCUGACUGGAUUGAGCCAUAGUCACAAGCCCCGGUGGUCUCGGCGGCCUGGGGGAGCCAGCUCCUCUCUCUUGUCCCCUCGGGUUCCAGCCAGGGUCAGUGCAACCACUGCCAGGAAUCCAGGGAUCGAGGGCCUGGACCCAGGGUAGACCAGGCCCUGCGCCUGGUGACCUAUUACCUGGGAAGAAAGGAGCUGGUGGCCUGUUUAACAUGCUCUGCAGCUGCUAUAAAUAGCGUCCCUGUUUCCAAGAGGAAUUAAGGGUGUGUUUAUCUUCUAAAAACCAGACGUUUCCUGAUGCUCUAAACUGAUUUAUUCAGCGCUGCAGAGGAGCUGCCCACACCGCCCUCUAGGUUCUGUCUGGAGAGGGGGCAGGAGGAAGAGGGAAAGGAACCACUAUCCUUUAUUUGGCAUCACUGUGUGCCCGGCACUGGGCUGGAGAGGUGCAUCCCCAUGUCAGUCCUGUGAGGUAGGUCUUAGUACCAUAUUGAGUCGUAUCAAAGACACCACUGAUGACAAAACACACCAUUCUAUGUACCACUAAGGGAAAAACACUGCCAAUUUCAACUGUAAGAUGCCACAGCUAUUCGAUUCAUUUUACUCCGACAUGUUAAGUGGAGAAGCUGUGCUCCUAGAAUCAAUGAAAUACGAUAUUAUCCCCAGUUGGCAGGUAAGAGAACUAAGGUGCUGGAAGUGAAGCAGGAGGUGACAGGACUGGGCUUCAAACCCAGGAGUGCCUGAUGCCAAAACCCACGCUCUCCGCUGCCUGGCCCCGAGCCCAGAAAGCUCGAGACUACUUGAGUUUUCUUCCUUGAAGCUCACCUGGGCAGUGCCUGGAGAGAGCUGGGCACCCACCCCUGUGUGAGGGUUCUAGCCCCAGACUGCGGCCCCUGUGCCGCCCGGAACCCUGGGAGCACAAGUGUCCUUCCUUUCAGGCUCAUCUGCCUACUGCCCCCCUUCUCCCGGCGGAGCUGAGCCACGUGUGAGCUUGGGUCCAACCCAAGGGCCUCCUCCUGUUACAUGGGGGUGCCCAUCAGGGGCAACUUUGGGGAGACACUUGUCCCACCACCUUCCUGGGCCUCAUGACCACCACCCCCCUAAGUAGGGCCCCCAGCAUGAGGACAGGAAGACCAGAGGAUGCCCCCUUUGUUGUGGUCUGGUGCCUGUUCAUUCUGAACCACCAGAGAAAUUGAGCUGUUUCCAAGUCAAGACAAAUUCCUUUUUGUAGCCCAUUCUCAGAACUGGGAGUCUUCUGGGAUUUAGCUACCCAGGGCAGCUGGUCCCCUAAGUACAGCAAUGCUUUUUCAGUCAUCCGACAACCACUGGUCAGCGUGGCCUGUGUUCUGGACACAGGGAUGGGAACCGGGUCUAAAGACAAGGCCUGUAGGGAGCUCGCUGUCCAGAGCAGGAGGUGGGCAGAUUUGUAAACUUGUAUUUGACCCAUCUAGUGCUGGGUCCUGUGGUAGCACUUAGUAGGUACUCAUUAAAGGUUUACUGAGUAAAUCAGAAAUCAGGUUGUGAGUCUCCAGGGGUUUGGUAAAACACCACGUAUACAUGCACACAAAGUCAUUCAACAAACAUUUGCUGAGUGCCCACUAGAUGUGGGGUGCUGGGAGGACGGAGCUGAGAGGACAGGACCCCAGCCCUGAUGUCAGAGGGAGUGACAUUAUGAGACAUUUGGGGCAGAGUCCAUGGGCUUUCCUGGCCAUUCUGUUGCCUUGGGGGUCUAUCUUAGUGAGUACACAACUGCUUUCCAGACCCAGAGCCCCCUGCACACUUCAGAAAGCUUUCUCUGAAUUAGGAAUGCCAGGCAUCUUGUAGUCACUGAGUUCCUGCCGAAAUGGCCUUGGGCAGAACCCUCAAGAGCCCCACCAACCGAUAAUCGCCUUCAGGUCUUGCCAGGGAGACACAGGGAGAUAGCUACCUGCUACUUUCAGGCCUUGGGACUGGUGGCUGGCAAUCAACCCCCAAGUCGACAGAGAACCCCCAGUCAGUUCCAGAAUAGGGUUGUGCAAACUCUUGGCCAAUGAGAGGCAGUCACCUUCCGCUGCUCAAUCCUGUCUCUGCCCCGGUUCUGGCAGAAGGACUCUGGCUCAGGAACACGUGUCCUCCCGGCAUCUCUUGGUAUUUAAUUUUCUCACCGUCUUUCUCAAGUCCCUAGUGAGAUGACUUGUACAACAAUUUGUCUGUGCCUUAUGAAAGUGUCUGUGCACUUUUAAUCCUUUUUGAAAGCAACUUUAAAAAGCGGGCCGGGGACUAGCAUACGUGGUAGUGUUCUAGAAAUCUGUGCUCAUCACUGAAACCCUUCUGCAUUGUGUAUUUGAUGUUGGAGUGAAGAAGUGUACGUCCCCCGCCCCACCCCACUACCUGUGUACAGACCUUUUUAAAAAUGUCUCUUUUUCUGAUUCAAUACUGUGACCUCUCCAAUACAGUCUAAUCUUUGGGGAUCUGUAAUAAAGGUUUCAAGACCUGGGGGGAAUGGGUGGGGAAGGGUUUGCACUGGUCCUGUGUGUUGUGCUCUUGUGUGUUGUGUGUUUUGAUUUUUGUCUUUUUAUCCGUUUUAUAUUAACAUAAUUUUCCUGUUUAAAAAAACAAAUACAAC